GUGUGCGCGCGUGUGUGCAAACGCAAAGAGGCAGAGGAGGAGAAAGAGCGUGAGAGACAGAGAGAGAGAGAGAGAGAGAGAGAGAGAGAGAGAGAGAAAAAAGGGAUAGAAGUAUCGAAGAGGCCACCGGCCGACUUCGGUGCAGGACAAGACGCGACCCGAUGUCGGGAGCGGGUCGCGACCCCGUGUCGACCCGCGGUCGUCCUCGUCCUCGCUUUCGCCCUUGCGCGACGUCGUCGUCGUCGUCGUCGUCGCCACCGUGCGCCGUAAGAUCAACAGCAGCAGGACGCUCAGCGCGUAAAUGUGCCCCCGUGCGCGCCCAUGUGCUGCACCUCCUACUACUCUGCCCGCUGCCCCUGCGUCGUGCCCUGUAAACCCGGAGCACACCACCACCCCCGACUAGCACGCCCGCAUUCGCGCGCACCUCGUACCCGCGAACAUGGCCAAGAUCCUCAACAAGGACCCCGUCACGUACGAGAAGGAGAGGGACAACUUCCUCAAGGACCUCCGCCACUUCCACGAGACCCGAGGGACUCUCUUCAAGAAGACUCCGAAGAUAAAUGGGAAGGAUAUAGAUCUGUAUUUGCUAUAUGUGGUGGUAACCGCUCAUGGAGGAUGGAUUAAGGUCAAUACCAGAAACGAGUGGGCGUCGUUGUGCGAACAAUUUCACCUGCCUGGCGGUUGCAUCAACAGCGGAGUCGGCCUUAAACAAAUUUAUCUUCGAUAUCUGGACAGGUACGAGAAAGUCCACUUCCUAGGCGAGGAUGGUCAACAGGCCGACGACGACGAUGAGGACUCGAGGCAUCGGAAAUGGUCGGCCAGAGCACUGCACUCCGUUCCUCUCACUUAUAACCAUCACCAACAUAACAUUGCAGAAUCUCUGCGCGAUUACAAUGGGCUCUCGGCGGAUCUUUACAAGUCCUCGAAUUACGAUAAGCUUGCGCUGUCACUCUUGUCGCCGCUGCCGAACGAGCAGGAUUUCGCCAUCAAUGUUUGCACCCUCUUGUCGAACGAGGGUAAGCACACCCUACGGCUCGACAAGUAUCCUCGUCUGGUGAACAUCCUCCUGGCGCACGCCGGUGUCUUUGACUCGCCUGGCACGCGACAACUCUUCAUCGAGGUGUACUCGCGCGUCCGUAACUAUUCUAUCAAUUCCUUCUGGUCGGACGUGCUCGAUUCCCAGGAUGUGAUAGACCUUACGAACGAGAGGACCUUUAUGAAGAAGCCGCCCACCAGCCUGCCGACGUUUUCCAGACGGAAGACUCUCGAGAAAGAGAAGCAGAAUAAGCAGGACGUCGCUGCGUUGACACCGGAGAACGAGGAACCCACGGCACCGAUCGAUGUCGAAGUGGUACCUCCGGAUUGCUCGCGACUAGACUCGCUUGUCUUGCACUCUGACGAGAACUUGAAAGAUCAGAACCAAAAUUCCAUAAAGUUCGAGGAGGAGGACAAGGAUCUGUUUUGUGUCGGUCGGACGUUAGGCACGCAGGAUCCAUAUGGGCAACGCGUGCUGCAGAUCGCGUCGAUCCUACGAAACCUCAGCUUCACGCCGGAAAACGCGACGAUAUUAGGCAGGAACCGGUGCUUCCUACGAUUCGUGCUAUUGUGCGUGAGAGCAAGGUGGAGCAAUCUGCAUCAGCUCGGCUUUGACAUACUAGGGAACAUAGCGAACGAAGUUAUUUUAAAGGAAGCCGGCGAAAGGAUAACGGACGUCAUCCUGACGUACGUGGCCAGGGGAAUCGAGUCCCAGGACAGGUUUAUCGUUAUAUCUUGCCUGGAGGUACUCAACAAGAUCAGCCAGCAAGACAGUAACGAAGAAAUUGUCACGUUUGGUCUGGCUGACAAUGUAUAUGAACUUAUAUGCAGAUUUCUAGCUCUAAGCGACAUAGCCCUCUUAGUGUAUACUCUGGAAUGUCUGUACGCUUUAACGUCGCUGGGUGAGAGACCAUGCACGAGCGUCGCGCGGGUCCGCGGUGCCAUCGAUACGUUGGUCGCUCUCGUCACUGUGGAGGCACAGAGUUACGGCCCAAAGGCUUGCAUUCUUAUGCGGGUGGUCGAGACGGUGUCCACAGUAGCGGCACAGCAGAACACCACAGGGCAAGUCCCCGCUGUUCCCGCCACUCCUGCCACGCCAGCCACAACGACCGCGUCCGCGGCCGCGUCCGCGUCCACUCCUCCGUCUACGCCGGCUGCGAUUACCACGACGCCGGCGCCUGCCAGUCCAGCGUCUUCUCGACCUACCACUCCCGCUACGACUUCAACCAAAUCGACAACGCACAAAGCGGUGGAGACAGCUAAUGCGAUUCAACAACAAAACGCGCAUCAGCAGAUUAUUCAAGAGAACGAACAGUUCGCUCUAAGCUGGGUGAAAACGACCUUCGAACUCGUACCCGGCGCACGCAUCGAACAGGAGGAAUUGUAUAAAAAAUAUCUCGGCUGCUGCACGAAAAUUGGUAGACGAGGCGUGAUAGCACCAUUGCAUUUUCCUAGAUGCGUCAGAUCCAUUUUCGGCAAUAUUGUGGGGCCGAAUCCGUUGAAGGGCGAAAAUACCGGUACCCAGUAUUACGAAGGCAUCCGAGUACGGGGCACACCCACGCCGAUCACUUAUCCGAGCCAAAUUACCACCGCCGUCGCGACUAAUACACUCCCGAUUGCGGCGGUCAACACUACUCCAGUAAAGGUGCUUCCUGUUCAACAGCGUACAGUCAAGAAUAUAAGUCCCGCACCCGAUAGCACGGCCGCUCCCCAGGUCGAUAGUCCCGCCGCGUCGUCCGGGACGCAAACGACCUCCACCCCCGCGUCUCCCAUCCUCAAGGCCCAAUUGUCCGCACCGCCGAAACCCCCGUCCAACAACACCUCGAGCCAGUCCCAAAAUCCAGUGACCAAGGUUGAUUCUAAAAGUCAGGUAUCAGUAUCGCAUCCGCAUCUGAGCCAAGCGUUGCUAGCGAGCGGCUCCCAAACGCCGCAGCAGCAGCAACCGCAGCCGCAACCGCAAUUACAAUGUGUCCAGGUAGUUGCUAAAGAAGAUAAUCGAAGUGGCACUACGUCGAGUUCCAUAAUAAAAAGCCUAUUGGCUACUAAGGUAACAGUCAGCAGCGACUGCAUGCCCAGUGCUGCUGCGACUUGUGUGUCUACCCCUACUGCCUGCGUAACAAACACUACUGCUAGCAUCGCAUCCAGCAUCAGUGCCAACCAGCUAAUAACCAGCAACCAGGUUGCCCAACGUCAACAACAACAAAGGUUACUACAGCAACAGAUGACGGGUGUGAUGCAGCCCGCUGCACCCGCGGCCACUCCGGCCACGGUACCCUCAAAGACUCCCGUCAACGUUAAGCAAAAACCGGCAAUCGCAUCCAUUCCUGCCAAAAAGAUACAAAGGCUCAACGGAGCCAAGUUUAUUGUGACUAAUAAUUGCGAGAAGACUGAAGUAAAUGAUAAUGACAAUGUCAACCAAAUUAUCACGUCCACGGGUACGGUGGUGAACUCGACUGAAAACCACAUAUCCUCCUCGCCGAAAGUCUGUCGUCCACCUCUGACGACGACGGUCAACGUCGCCACCGGUACACCGAACAAGACGAAUCAACGAGUGACGUGUACUUCCAUCGCCGAGGAUUCGGAUUCUACCAACAACUCUUUGGCGUCCAGCAGCGGCAUCGGCGGCAGCAGGGACUGUUCCUUCAGGGUGGGAGGGGAGGAGGAAAACAUGCCGACGAGUUUCGAAGGUAUCCUGCUUAACGGCGCGCCAGCGAGCAACAACAUGGACAUUGACGCGCAGGAUGACGGUUCGUCCAAGGACUCGUCGAGCGUGGGCUCAAAGGACAAGCCGUUGCAAAGCAUGAUGCUGGUGGACCUGCUCGAGAGGAAAGUCGACAAAGAACCGAUCCUAAACGGUGUACUGAACAAAAACUCGAUUAAUGAAAAAGAGAUGGAUUUGGUGGAGAAUCACAUCAAGAAAGUAUUAAAAGAAUCUCCCACCGAACUGAAGAUAAAGGCCGAGGUAGAGAGCGGUAAUGUUAUACAGAACGAAGUGUCGGAGGAUACUCUGAUUGAGGCGCCGCGAGGAAUCAAGAGAUCAGCCAGCGAAUCAGAUGAGCUAGAUAUCAAGAAGCCAAAGUAUUCCAACGGCACGAUGUCUCCGGAUCCAGCGGUCGACUCGACUACAGCGGAAUCUACGGUAUCGAGUAUAAAAUCCGAGGAGCAGGACGACGAUAAGGACAGCGAGAAAGCGACCGUUUCUUCCACUGCGGCGAAUCUCUAUGCCGCUCUCGCGGCGGAUUGUAUAGAAGAUGAGAUGGAUCUAGAAGAACAAGUGAACGUUAACAAGGACACGAUGAAAGAAACGCCGGCGACGGCACCAACGACCGCGACGGUAACGGUAACGGCGACGACGACGGCAACGGCAACGAUAUCAGCAACGGCGACAGCUACAGCAGCAGUGGCAGCGACGGCGACAGUAGCGAUGGCAACGAUGGCAACGACGGCAACGAUGGCGGUGGCAACGGCGACUCCGACCCUCUCUCUUCCUCCUCCUCCUCUUCACGUAAAGACGGAAGUGACGCCACUUCUUGUGAAAGAAGAUCCACCGACUCUGCACAUCAAGGAAGAACCUCACAUAUUCAUCAAUCAGAUCGCGAGUAUCAAUCAGUCGCAAGUACCAUCGCCGCAUCAACAACAGCAACUCAUAGUGACGGCACCUAGGCAGAUAGUCGUCCAGCAAACGAUCCCGUCGAGCAACCAGAUGAUUAUUCCUGCCACAACGGUGAAGGGCAGACCACCUCCUCCUCAACCGCAAGUGCUCCUUCAGCAAAGCGCAGGCGGGCAGCUGCAAUACGUGGUGUCGGGUGGAGUACCCGGUCAAAACUACGUAUUGGCACAGCCGCAGACGGCUCUGGUGCAGGGACAAGCGCAAACUGUUCUCGUGGCGCAGACGACGCAACAACAGGGGACCGGUACCAAGACAAUUAUCAUAUUGCAGCCGCAGGCCGCUGCGCAACCAACCCCGCAGAAGAUGGUGGCAGUGACGCCGCAGGGACAGCAGGUGGUCGUGACGCAAGUUCCUCGUCCAAUUCUGCAGAGUUCGGCGCUCAGCAACAUCCCGCCACCUCUUGUACCUACGUCCGCCACUAUCCCGCAGGCCUCUAUCAUAGUCAAUAGCUCGGCAAUGGCACAGACCAACCCGAACACAGUGACCGUUACGAUCCCAGCGAUGGCUCAACAAACUCCGGUGUCUACCAGCGUGCCGUCCAGGGUGGUGACGCCUACCCCGGCGUCUACGCCGCCGCCCACCAGGCCCACGACUCCGCAUCAGGCAGCGGCCACUCACGGUGUAUCCGCUGUCAAACCGUCACCUGUUACCAAAAUCGUCAAGACGGUGAGUUCGUCAACCUCUACCGAGCCGGAAUCGAAACCCUCUACGAGUCAACAGCAACAACAGCAGCAACAACAACCAUUGCAAGAAAAUAAAACCAUCACGAUCAAAAUUGAUCCCAAUGCUUACUUGUGCGAGUGGCGGGGCUGUCUUAGACAAUUUAAAACACCGCACGAAGUCUAUCUUCACGUUUGUGAGGCCCAUUGUCCGAGUGGUGGCGAGGAGAUACUAUGUUUGUGGGCGAGUUGCGAUGCCCUCAAGAGACGCAAGUUCUCGUUAAUGACGCAUCUCUACGAUAGGCACUGUAAUGCGGACACAAUGUCGAUGAGGAGGAAACAGUUGACGGUGACGGGUAAAACCGAAGUCUCCACGUCUACGCCUCCGACCCCACAUCAUCCCGGAUACGCACCCAACGCGGCAUUCCACGCUAUUAAACGGCAUGCUCUGGAAUUCGUUAAUCCUAAGGAGUUAAUGCAGCAAAGGCCGACCAAGCCCGCUGCAGCCACUUCAAGCUCUUCUUCCCCCAGACCUGGGCAAAAUUCUCCACCGGAACAGGAUGACAACGAAGGUCCAGUGACCAAAAGUAUUCGCCUAACGGCAGCUCUCAUUCUUAGGAACCUAGUCAUAUACUCAACACACGGUAGACGGCAUCUUAGAGCGUACGAACCCCACUUGGCAGGCGUGGCGUUAAGCAAUGUCGAAUCAUCGAGAACAAUCGCACAAGUCCUUUACGAUAUGAACGACCAGAGUAGCAGUAGCCAUCAUAGGUGACCUCUUGAAUCAGGCCUCUAAACGCUCUUUUUAAUCUCACGAGCAGCGAUCAACUUACAUUAUUUCGAAUUACGCGGGGAGAAAGCGAGUGUAUAAGUUUAUAAUCACUUGCUGUGCUAAUACAUGCCCAUGGAAGUAUGUACAUGCAUGUGUGCCUGCGUGAAGUGUGCCCAUGCAGUUUGAAGGACUCGAGAGAGGAAUGGUACCGAGAGAGGAUAAAUGUUCCAUAUAUAGAAAAAAAGAGGCCUAUAAACUUACUAGGCAAAUCAUUUUGCCAAUUUAGAUUAUGAUAUGAAUUGUAACUAUAGUGAAAUACGCGACACAAAGAAGACAGUUAGGUCAAAUAUGGAAAAGUGAUAACGAGUUUGCGAGAAAAAAUGAAAUAGAAAAAGUGUGUAUGUGUGAUAGAGAGCGAAAGAGAGAAAAAGAGCGAGUGAAUGAGUACGAAAAAAUGAACGAAUGAGAGAAAGAGAGAGAAAGAGAGGGAGAGAGAUGAUAUUUCAGAUUUAAUAUUAAUAUUUAUUUUCUCAACAAGAAACGUGGAAAAAGUGUUUUUAGUAAACGUGUACAAAAAAGAAACGAAGAUACUUUAUAGACGUUAUAGUUAAUUAUAAUCAAUAUAUUAUAAUUAAUAUUAUAUUCUAUUAUUAUUGUAUGUUUUUUUUCGUAAAUCACCAAGGACCUAGAAGGUAAAGCUAAAAAAAAGCGGAAUCUUUUUAUGAGAUGUAUUUGUUAGGAAUUUACGUUCUGCUUAUAAUUGCAUAUUGCAAUUACAUGGCUAUAUUAUCGUCUCUCUUUGUUUUAUUAUUAACUAAUCUAAUCUACUCGACAGAAAUUAGUAAGAUAUAACAGUACAUGCAUCGGCAUGCUAGGGAGUUCGUUAUUACAGCAGAACAUUCAUAUCACUGCAUAAAUCUAAUGACGUCUAGUUUAGAUCAGUUUUAGCUCGGUGACUCCUAGCCAUUCGACUUCUGCAAUGUGUCAGGAUACUUAGAAGAUUUUUUACGCUCGCUGAGUAAUGCAGCAUAUCGUUAGACAAAUUUAUAAAAUGACUUUGUCAUUAGCGUGACUUCCAAUCAAAAAAAUAUCUCGCAAAAACUCCCGAAAAAAUAUUGACAAAUUAACGAGUUACAAAUAAGUAGGCAAAUCUCAAACGAACGUUCUUUACGAUCUGGAUUUAAAAGGCCUAAGAUCUUAUAUAAUGAUCACAUUGAACUCCUUUUUUCUCUGAUUUUUAAUUCAAGAAUUUCAUUCGAUAUCCGUGCACGCAAUUAGAAUCGUAUUUUCUUUGUCAUUCUCGCGACAGAGCUUAGUUGGCUCUUGGCUGAUGCAAACGUAUCCAUACUUCGAACAUCUUAAUUGAACAUAAAUUGAUUGUAACAUUUACACAACAAUAGAUAUGAAAUUUGUUGAUAUAUCGUAUAAAAUGUAAUAUAAUCAUUGCAACGCAUAAUGACAAAGUUGUCUUUUGACUUAAUACUCUAACAUCGUUUACUUUUAAACAAAGUUUGCUCUGGAGGAUCGUAUAGCAUUUUUUUUAUAUUAUAUAGCGUACGUGGGAAAAGAGAAGGUACUAUCAAAAAUACUAAUUUUCUCCUAAACCAAAUCGAUUAAAAGAAUUGUCCAUUAUUCGCUGAAUUGAUAUGUAAUUUAUGUAAAAUGAUUAUUUUAUUUUGAAUGAUUUAAAGCGUUAAAGUGACAAGUAUUUUAUGUUCUCGGACGUCACUUCGCGAACGGCGUAGAUUGCAUUUAUCAUUUAAUUUAAUGUUUUUUUUUUUACACCACUACAUUGCAUAAAAAAAUAAGAAUAAGCUGAUCAUAUUAAAAUUAUAUAUGUAUAUAUACAUAUAUAUACAUACAUAUGCAUAUAUACAUAUAUAUAUAAAUAUAUAAAGAUAUAUACAUAUUUGUACAUAAUGCCUGUAUUUCAUUCAUGAUGUUAAAACCUCUGUGUAAAUUUCUUAAGAUUGUAAGUUCAAUGCGUCUUUAAGAGAAAACAAAGUAAAAGAUUCUUGUAUUAUAAUAGAUUGUGACAAGACAUAGAAGUUGCAAGAAAACGGAUUUUUGUAAUUAUUUAAACUGGUUCGGUGAAAAGAAAAAAAACAACAAGAGGAACGGUUUCGUCUUAUAUUACAAAACGGCCGUUUAAGAAUAGACAUAAAAGUAUGAUAAUGGACCCUGUGCGAGCCUCUAUUAUGUAUUUUAUAUAUAAAUAUAUAAAAACAAGUUUAAUAGCUGAACGUUUUUAGGAGGACGGAAAUCUUGUGAGAGGCUUUUUAUUUUUAUUAUUUGUAAUUAUACCUAGUUUACAUGUUCACCGUUUCGUACGAUCAUCGAGAUCAUAAAUAAACAUCUGUGUAAAGGAAUAAAAGAACGAUAUAAUAAAUUACUAAAUACGAAGGAGAA